AUGUCGCGAAAGCUCCUCCUCAUGAGAAUCGAUCUAUUCAUUAUCUCUAAUAUUAUAUCUAUCUAUCUAUCUAUCUAUCUAUCUAUCUAUCUAUCUAUCUAUCUAUCUCAGUCUGUUCAUAUCUAUCUAUCUAUCUAUCUAUCUAUCUAUCUAUCUAUCUAUCUAUCUAUCUAUCUAUCUCUUUCUUUCUUUCUUUCAGUCUAUUCAUUAUCUCUAAUAUUAUAUCUAUCUAUCUAUCUAUCUAUCUAUCUAUCUAUCUAUCUAUUUUUUUUUCUUUCGCUGUUUCUAUCGUUCAUUCUUUUUCUCUGCCUGUCUUUUUUUUUCUCUCUUCAAAUAUUAUAUUUCACUCUCUCCCUCUCUAUCAAUUUUUCUUUUUCUUUUACUUAUUCUUUCUUUCUUCAAAAAAUCCCCCUCUUUAUCUUACCUUUCAUUUUGUCUGUUUUUCUUUCUACAAAUAUUAUAUUUGUGUUUCUCUUUCUCACUCUCAACCUUUUCUUUUUCUUUCACAUUUUCUUUCUUUCUUUCUUUCUUUCUUUCUUCAAAUACCCUCCUUUUCUAUAUUUAUUUUCUUUCUUUCUUUCUUCAAAUUUCCCCAUCUUUAUGUUCCUUUUCACAGUGUUUUCUUUCUGUCUGUAUCUUUCUAUAAAUAUUCUCACAAUUUAUCUUAUUUCUUCUUUCUUUCUUCUUUUCUUAUUUUCUUCAUAUAUUCUCUCUUUUUCUUUUCACACUGUGUGCUUCUUUCUUUCUUUCUUUCUACAAAUAUUCUCACUCUUUAUGAUUAUUUUCCUUUGUUUGCUUCUUUCACUCUUUUGUUCGCUUUAUAUCAACUAG